GAAAAGUAAAAUGUAAGAAAAAGAAGAAUUUUUCACUCUUGCGCGCUGCGGAAUCAUCGAGGGCUGACAGCCAUUUUCAUUUUGUCGCUCAGUUGAAGUUUGUCUGCAGUGCUGUGAAAUCCUUGUGCUGUGAUUUGUAAGGGGAUUUUCCAGUGCAGUGGAAAAUUGAGAGCUCAAAGUGCAUCAGCGGAAUCUGUGGUGUGAAAUUGCAGUGACCUGGGAAGUGAGUGUUUUGUUUUACAGCUCGAAAUCCCGGUCAGAAAUUCUCAAGUGAAGAGAGUGAGAGUCACGCAUCUUGAGAGUCCGGAGGCUACGCAGCUUCUCUCACUCAAGCCCUCCACCCCUCCCUCCAUCAUCAUCAUCGAACGUCUACACAGACAGCACGCAUUUUUGGGUUAUUCAGCAAAACAGAAGCCCCAAAAGAGACUCCCGGACAUUCCGGUGCUCAGUUACCGGAUGCACUGAUGCACCUUGGCAGUAAGACAAGACAAAGGGAGGCAUCAUCUGGGGUGUGUCUCCACAUCUGAGGGGACACGCGGCGUAGAAACAGUGGCCGCCAGGGGCUUCCGGAUACAUCCGCACACUUUCCACCCAGGCGCCAGAGAAGGCAUCAAGCUGUGGGGCUCAGGAGCGUUCUUCCUCCCUCCGCAAGGAAUGUACUACCCGCACAUGGUUCAAGCGGGUGUGGGGCCCUUCCCAACGGCCCCAGGAUUCCCACCGACACCAGCGGUAACUGCGGAAGGGAUUUCAGUGGCUGUGGCUGUAAAAGGUGGAGCAGACAGUGUUCAGCAACAGAUCAAAUCUGAAACAAUUGUCUCACAAACUACUCCUGGAUCUCAGACAAGUGGACAGCAGCAAUUUAGUCCACCACUUCUUGGAUCUCAACCUGGUCCACCGACAUCAUCUGGCCCACCUACGCUUCCUUUACCACUUCCAGUUGCCACAAUAGCGAAUGGAAUUGAACAACAAACUGUCAGUAUACAAACAGAGGCGGAUACAGCCGGUAGUGGGGCUGUGGCAGCAGCCGCAACAAUUGGGGCCACAAGUGUUGUCACAUCAGAUGCUGGGGCGACAUCAUUAAUUGUCACUACGGCAGCACAGCAACCACAGUUAAGUAGUGUGGCCAGUUCACCGAUUGUGGUGCCGGCUGUGGCCACUUUGGCACCCUCGUCAACCGCCGCGACUACACUAGUGCCAGGAAGUGCAGCUAUUGUGGCAGGAGAUCAGAGCAAGAACCAACCGAAGCGUCUCCAUGUAUCCAAUAUCCCAUUUAGAUUCAGAGACCCUGAUCUUAGAGCCAUGUUUGGGCAAUUUGGAACAAUCCUCGAUGUUGAGAUAAUUUUCAAUGAACGCGGAAGCAAGGGAUUCGGUUUUGUAACAUUCGCUAAUAGUAGCGAUGCGGAGCGAGCACGCGAACGUCUUCACGGCACUGUGGUUGAGGGGCGCAAGAUUGAGGUCAAUAAUGCCACAGCUCGAGUGCAAACGAAGAAAACACCAACAGUUCCAAAUGUUUGUCUGACGAAAGAAGGUACCGUGGCAGCACCAACUGCUCUGGUGUGUGUCCAAUGGCCAGAAGCAGCAGCAGCUUUGAGGGGUGUCGCAAUUCAAAGAGGACGUGCUAGAGCUGCUUUUCCAGCAGCUGCAGCAGCUCUGAAUGGUGCUUUUGCUCGGCUUCCAACACCUUUGGCCGCAGCUGCAAAUGCCGCCAAUGCACUCCAUGGAUAUGCACCAAUGUAUUACGAUCCCUUCUUGGCAGCUGCAGCAGCCACGGCAGCAACAGCAGAUCCGAACUAUCGUCUGCAGGCAGCGAAACCCAUGACGGAAGUUCCAGCUCAACCGGCAAUUAUAAGUGCAGCAGCAGCAGCAGCCGCACCUCUGCUCAAGACACCACUAUCAACUACUCAGCAGGCCUAUACGGCAGCAGCCACCUAUACAGCGGUGGCGGCGCGAGCCUAUGGAGCAGCGGCGGCAGCUCAACCGGUGGCCGGUUACGCAGCUGUGGCGGGGUACGGCCGUGAAUACGCUGAUCCGUACAUUGGUCAUGGAAUAGGACCCGUACCAGGUUAUGGGAUGUAUCGGAGUGGUUACAAUCGUUUUGCGCCCUAUUAAUUUCACGGAUAAUGCUGAGAAUGAAGAUGAACAAGUAAUCCCAAUAGUUAUUAAAAGUACUAAGGUAUGGAAAAUGAUGUUGAACCAACAUAGAUCUGCAAAUGGUUUUAUCCAUGACAAUGAAAAUCCAUAUGACAUUUUUUUUUGUUAAAAGAAGGUGAGAAUCCUCUAUUUCACCUAUUUUAUUUCAACUAUUUUUUAAUUGCUAUACAGAAAGAAAAAAUGCAGAAUGACUGGCACAAAUGAUUAUAAAAGAAAAAGAGAAUGUAAUAAAAAUAACUGAGAAUGAUACAAGGAAAAA